UGUCCAAGAAGCCGGCUGAGACGGUGAGAUCAUUCCAGCUCGCGCUCGCCAUAUCACGACCGCGAAGGAAUGCCCGGGUGCAGAAGUGGCGUCUGCCUUUGCCUUCUGCAUAAACCAUCGGUACACCAGCAGAGCACUUUCUCUUUUUCCGUUUUAGCGAAGUGACGGGAAGGAUGACACUGGAGGAAUGUGUUGCGUAAAAACAGGGCACGCAGCGCCGUCGACAGCAUCCACUGCGUGAGAGUUUCGCAAGGAGCGUGUGUAACGCCAAGCCGUCCUGUUGUCGCAUGUCAAGAUGGAAAGCGCGAAGAAGCUUCUGCGUGUGCUGGUUUGUGUGGUGUGGUUUUCGAGUCCAGCAGAAUGCGCGGCCAGACCCAACAUCAUCGUUGUAGUGGCCGACGAUCUGGGCUGGGGCGAUGUGAGCUUCCACGGGUCAGAGCAGAUUCGCACGCCCAACAUCGACGCCCUGGCGGCAGACGGCAUCGUGCUCGACAGUCACUACGUGUCGCCUAUGUGCACGCCAUCCCGGGCGACACUGUUGUCCGGGAGGCACCCGAUUCACACCGGACUGCAGCACAAUGUGAUCUAUUCUGCCAUGCCGUAUGGGUUCCCUCUUCAGUUUAAGCUGAUGCCCGACUACCUCAAGACACUUGGAUAUGAAGCACAUGCGGUGGGAAAGUGGCAUUUAGGUCACAUGACCCGGAACCAUACACCGACUCGCCGUGGCUUCGAUUCUUUCUACGGCUACUACAGUGGACACCAUGGCUAUACGGACCACUCUGCCUUCGAGGAGUACAUGGAUGAUCCCAAAAAUCCGUGGACAGGCUGGGGUCUGGACCUUUGGGACAAUCUAGAAGCAGAUAAAUCCAAAUCUGGAAACUACACGACGGAAUUGUUCACGCAGAAGGCAGUAGAGAUACUUAAGAAUCGGGACCGCAAUAAGCCUCUGUUUUUGUACCUCAGCCACCUGGCAGUUCACGUGGGCAACUUCUACGCACUGUUCGAGGCACCGGACAGGUAUAUCGAGAUGAACAGGCACAUCAAGAACCACAAGCGACGACAUUUUGCCGCGAUGCUGUCUGCGCUGGACGACGCCAUUGGCCAACUGGUGGAGGCCCUGAAGGAAACGGAUGCUAUCCAGGACACCAUCAUUGCCCUGACCACGGACAACGGUGCUGCCGCCGGCGGCAUCGACCAGAGCGCCGGCUCCAACUGGCCUCUUCGCGGCACCAAGAUGACCCACUGGGAAGGCGGCGUGCGAGGAACCGCCUUCCUCUGGAGCCCUCUCAUUCGCCGGCCCAGAGUGUCGCGCCAGCUCAUGCACGUGUCUGAUUGGCUGCCCACACUGUACUCUGCAGCCGGCGGCAACGUAGAAGACCUAGGCGACAUUGAUGGCGUCGACAUGUGGCACAGCCUGGUCACUGGCGUCGGUUCUCCGAGGGCUGAAGUGCUGCACAACAUAGACCCGAUAUGGAACAUGUCCGCCCUACGCGUUGGGCGCUACAAGUACGUCAACGGCACGUACGGUGGCGGCCACUACGACGGCUGGUACGAGCCGCUGCAAGUCAGCGACUCUCAGCUCGGAAUAUACAGAGUAGACAACACUUCAGGGGACAAGUACGGUCUGCACCGCAUCUACGACGACCGUGGUACAGAUUUGACGACUGCCGGGGACAACACAACGACGUGGCAGUACGAACCUUACACACAUCCUGUUCCUUCGUCGGGAGCAGGCCCAAGGAACAACGUCUUGGAUCCGACGUGCGCGGCGGCCCGGACAAUCCUGUCUAUCGGUCGCACCUUGCCGAGGCACAGUCCCCGAGAAGUGCUGACCGAGUGCGGCCAACCGAGGAGGAAAGAAUGCAAGCCACUCGAAAAGCCGUGCCUCUUCGACAUCGACAAGGAUCCCUGCGAGAUAAACAACAUAGCCGAGGAGAAUCCGCACGUAAUACGAAGCUUGGAAAACCGUCUAGAACAGUACAGGAAGACGAUGGUCCCACCUUUGAACAAGCCACCCACAAGAAGAGCAGACCCGCGAUAUUUUGAUUUCACGUGGGCACCUUAUAUGGACUCUGUGUGAUUUUCCGACUUUCAUGGCAGGGACUUUUGCUACAUGGGAAACAUUUCACAGAGUAAAUAAUGACAACUCA